UGAUGGCGCAGAGCGCGGACCGCGUUCUCUGUGCCGCUCGCUUUCCUGCGGCCGUGUUACCUCUUGCUGACCUUAAAGGCCAGAUGGCUAAGCCACGUUCUGUGUUGUUGUGACCUGCACUUGCCGCAGCAGUUGUAGAGUGAACCUCCCGAAACCCCAGGAACCAAAAAAUGGACCCAGUGACCUUUGAGGAUGUGGCUGUGAACUUCACCCUGGAGGAAUGGGCUUUAUUGAAUCCUUCACAGAAGAACCUUUACAGAGAUGUGAUGAAGGAAACCUUCAGGAACCUAGCAUCAGUAGAGAAAAAAUGGGACAGUCAUAACAUCGAAGACUGGUACAAAACCCAGGGGAGAAAAGCAAGAAGUCAUAUGGUAGAAAAACUCUGUGAAAGCAAAGAAAAUAGUCAACAUGGAAAAACUGUCAGCCAAAUUUCAAAUCUUAAUCUGAAAAAGAAAACUCCUUCUGGAGUAAAACCAUGUGAAUGUCAUGUGUGUGGGAAAGUCUUCGUGCGUCCUUCAUUCCUUAAUAGGCACAUCAGAUCUCACACUGGACACAAACCAUAUGAAUAUCAUGAAUAUGAAGAGAAGCCAUAUAAAUGCAAGGAAUGUGGGAAAGCCUUCAGUUACCGCAAGUCUGUUCACAGACAUGAAAGAACUCACACUGGAGAGAAACCCUAUGAAUGUAAGGAGUGUGGGAAAGCCUUCACAUGGCUCACAACCUUUCGAAGACACAUGAUAACACAUACUGGAGAAGGACCCUAUAAAUGUAAGGAAUGUGGGAAAGCCUUUAGCUGUUCCACUUCAUUUCGAGCACAUGAAAGAACUCACACUGGAGAGAAACCCUAUGUAUGUAAAGAGUGUGGUAAAUCCCUCAGGUCUCCUCUAGGUUUGCAAAUACAUGAAAGAAAUCACACUGGAGAAAAACCCUAUGAAUGUAAGCAGUGUGGUAAAGCCCUCAGUUGUCCUAGUUCCUUUCGAAGACAUGAAAGGACUCACAUGGCAGAGAAACAAUAUGAAUGUAAACAAUGUGAGAAAACCUUUAGUUCUCCUCUAGGUUUGCGAAUACAUGAAAGAAUUCACACUGGAGAGAAACCCUAUGAAUGUAAGGAAUGUGGGAAAGCCUUCAUUUCUCUUUCAAGCAUUCGUACACACAUGAUAACACACACUGGCGAUGGACCUUAUAAAUGUAAGGAAUGUGGGAAAGCCUUUAUUUGUCCCAGUUCGUUUCGAUCACAUGAAAGGACUCACACUGGAGAGAAGCCGUAUGAAUGUAAAGAGUGUGGUAAAACUUUCAGUUGGCCCAGUUCCUUUCGAAUACAUGAAAGAACUCAUACUGGAGAGAAACCUUAUGAAUGUACAGAAUGUGGAAAAACCUUCAUUUAUCGCACAACCUUUCAAGGACACAUGAGAAAGCACACUGGAGAGAAACCCUAUAAAUGUAAAGAAUGUGGGAAAGCCUUCGUUUCUCCCUCAAGUGUUCGAACACACAUGAUAAUGCACACUGGAGAUGGACCUUAUAAGUGUAAGGACUGUGGGAAAGCAUUCAAUUUUCCCAGUUCAUUUCGAAUACAUCAAAGAACUCACACAGGAGAGAAACCGUAUGAAUGUAAACAGUGUGGUAGAGCCUUCAGUUGUUACACGUCUUUUCGAACACAUGAGAAAACUCACACUGGAGAGAAACCCUAUGAAUGUAAGGAAUGUGGGAAAGCAUUCAUUUAUCGCACUACCUUUCGAGGGCACAUGAGAAUGCAUACUGGCGAGAAACCUUACAAAUGCAGAGAAUGUGGGAAAGCCUUCAGUCGUCCCAAUUCCUUUCGAAGGCAUGAAAGAUCUCAUACUGAAUAGAAACCUUGGAUAUAAGUAAUGUGGGGAAAACGUCAGUUGGCCUUCAUUCUUACAUGUGAAAACUUACUGGAAAGAAGUCCUAUGAAAAAACCUGCUACAAAUUAACCCAUGUAUAGUAUUCCAAAAAAAAGUCACAUGAAAUAAUUAAAAGUUAUAAUGUCUUUAUCAGUGCCUCAUUCUUAAAGUGGAUCUCUCGGCUGGAUAUGUACUACUUACUUUGAAUACAGAAUACUGAUGUGAAGAUAAUUCUUGUCAUGUUGCCAGAACCUACUGGGAUCACACCAGCAGUCAACAAGAGUGAUGUCAUGAAUUGUAGUACUCAGAAUGAUUGCAGACCCUAAAUGACUGGAUUUAUUAGUAAGAGGGUGCUUAAAAGGACUUACCUAAUUUGGGCUUGUGCUAGGUGCUCUGAUUGCUAUUCAAGAAAGCAAGAUGUUUCUGGAUUGUACUGGAUGCUGCAAGAAGAUGACCUUAAUUUUAUCAUAAGUAAUUGUAGUCAUUGUUUUCUAGAAGACAAAAACAGUGUAAUGGAGCUAAAUCUAAUUCAUAGGAAGCUCCAAUCAGUCAUAUUAUUAUGAAGAGGAGAAUUUUGGUCAUUUUCAGGGGUAUGAUUACAAAAUACCCUUAUUUUUGUCUUGAUCCAUUGUGGUCACUGAAUAGCCUUGUCUGAUGGUGGAAGUAUUUGAACACAAGGCCAGCAUCCAGUCCCCUAGUACAGCUUUUGCUUUUCCUACUGAUUGUGCAAACACUGAUAUAUUUCCUGUGAUGUCCUGGAUGGAUACUGUUUACCAUAAAGUACUUCAGUGACAAUAUAUAAAGUCACUUCUUAGUAAACUACAUGGUUCCUUUAAUAUUUCCUUUAUAACUCAACUGAGGCCUAUACUUUCUGAUAAAUUUAUGAAAACACAAACCUAGUGGGAGAGAAAGACGAGACCACUGUUUCAGUUAAGCAUUUCUUGCUCAGAGACUACUCUUGAUGCUAUUUCAGUAUGCCUGGCACUGGAUUCAACAUAUAUCCAGUUUAGCACAAACAAGGUACUCCAGGGAUUGGAUAUAGAGGCAUGAAGCAAAUAAGGUUUUGCAGUACUGGUGCUCAUAUUUUUGUGGGAAAAGGAGGCUGGUUAGCAAAUGUUAAAGCUUUGGUUUAUAAGAUGAAAAUAAGAGCUUUGAAAGAAAGUGAGUAAUGACAUGUAAGAAAUAAGCUGGAAGUAUGUGUAUAUCUUUCCUGUGAAGGUAGGAGCCUCAGUCAUGAUGUCAUUAUUGAUCACUUGAAUUUCUACCACCUUAACACUGUUAUUAGGAACUGCUUGGGGAUGGAAGUAAAUAGAGGGCAGCAAUGUAGAAGGUCCUGCUUUCCUCAGUUAAUAGUGAAGAUUCCCUAUAAAGAUAGUCAUUUUUGCAGUUUUCUAUAGAAAAUAUGUGACCAUGAUUUUGGACAUUGAUUUGGACCACACAUAUUUGUGGCAU